AUGGCGCGCCAUCUCCCCAACCCCACGGAUACCAUGCCCCGCCCGCGCAGCCUCCAUACGGCCAGUCGCCGCAUGGCUAUGCCCCCCCAAGGUCAAGUGCCCGCAGGUGGUCCCGGAUACCCACCUCAAGGCCAACCACCUGUUGGAUACGGUGCACCCCCCGGCGCACCACCACCUGGCGCAUUUCCACCCCAGGGUGUUCCGUCAAGACCGUCCCCCGGUUACAUGCCUGGUGAAUUAGCGCCAGGCGACUUCCGACCUCAAGCAGAUGCGCUCCGCAAAGCGAUGAAGGGCUUCGGCACGGAUGAGAAGGCACUGAUUGCAGUCCUCGCGCAACUCGACCCGCUCCAGAUGGCCGCUGUCCGCGACACAUAUUCCAAGCAUCUUGGUCGCGAUCUCUUCAAAGAUGUCAAAUCCGAGACCAGCGGGUACUUCCGCGACGGCCUACUUGCCGUGCUCGACGGACCGCUCAUGCAUGAUGUUGAGAACUUGCACGACGCAAUUGAUGGCGCUGGCACGAAGGAGUGGUUACUCAAUGACAUCCUGCUCGGCCGGUCCAAUGCUGACAUCAAUGCUAUACGGACCGCCUACGAAAUGAGACAUAAGCGGUCGCUCGCUGGAGAUGUUGAAGGCGACCUCUCCUUCAAGACAUCCACCCUUUUCACCACUAUCCUUCGUGCUGCUCGCCAUGAAGAAUCUGCCCCUGUCAACCCACAAACCAUUGAGGCGGAUGUUCGCUGCCUGCAAGCGAAAGAGAACAUCACAGAGGUGUGCGUUAUCUUUGCUCAGGCGUCUAACGCUGAGCUCCGCGCUAUCAGCCAGACUUUCGAGUCACGCUACAAUAUCCCCCUCGAGAAGCAUAUCGAGGAUGAGUUCUCGGGUCACAUGGAAGACGCACUUCUUUUGAUGCUCCGCUCGGCUACGGAUCCUGCAAUGCGUGAUGCUAUCCUACUCGAGGAUUGCAUGAGCGGUAUGGGUACUAAGGACGAACGCCUUGUUGUCCGUGUUGUCCGUGUCCACUGGGAUCGUAACCACAAGGAGAGGGUUAAGCGCGCUUACGAACACAAGUACGGAAGGAACUUGAUUGACCGGGUGCGUGGCGAGACUUCUAGUGAUUACCAGCGGUUGAUGGUUGCUCUUCUUGAGUAG